GCUGCGCAGAUAUGCUCUUUAAAUCUUGAUGUUAUCCCAAUCAUACUCCUUACUCUUUUUUAAUGGAGAUAGCUCAAGAGCAGCACCUACAUAAUACAGAUGACAGAAAAGUGUCUCAAAGACCCACACGUGUGACUCACCAACCUCAACAUCCAAGAUUCAGAAAAUACAAAUGGUGGUUUCGUGUGUCCCUCUACAUAAUCUUUUUUCUGGUAGGUCAAUCUGCAGCCACUCUUUUGGGAAGGUUAUAUUUUGAUAAUGGUGGCAAUAGCAAAUGGAUGGCAACAUUUGUUCAAUCAGCUGGAUUCCCUGUACUAAUUCCACUCCUUUUUUACUUCCCAACACAAACACAUGCCAAAUUUACUAAUGACCCCCAUAAUGAUUUCUCCAAAACCAAACCAAAAUUUUUCACUCUUGUUUCCCUCUACAUAGCUUUUGGCUUACUUUUGACAGGGGACAACUUGAUGUAUUCUUAUGGACUACUAUAUCUACCACUUUCCACCUAUUCUCUACUAUGUGCAACCCAAUUAGGCUUCAAUGCAUUAUUCUCUUUUUUCUUCAAUUCCCAGAAGUUCACAGCAUUCAUAUUCAAUUCCGUAGUCCUCCUUACCAUAUCAGCUUCCUUGCUUGCAGUUCAUGCUGAGUCUGAGGGCCCAACGGGUCUUUCCAAAGAAAAGCAUAUAAUUGGAUUUUUCUGCACCCUUGGUGCAUCUGCUACAUUUUCUUUGUAUCUCUCUCUUGUGCAACUUUCUUUUGAGAAAGUUAUAAAAAGAGAAACCUUUUCUGCUGUGUUGGACAUGCAAUUGUAUCCAUCAUUCAUUGCUACUUGUGCUUGUGUUGUGGGAUUGUUUGCAAGUGGAGAAUGGAAAACUUUGGACAAGGAAAUGAAGGAAUAUGUAAAGGGUAGGGUGUCAUAUAUAAUGACUCUACUUUGGACUGCUGUGACAUGGCAAAUAUCCUCUAUUGGUAUGCUAGGGUUGAUUGUUGAGGUAUCUUCAUUAUUCUCAAAUGUAAUAGGUACCCUGGCUUUGCCCAUUGUUCCCAUUCUUGCAGUUGUGUUCUUUCAUGACAAGAUUAAUGGGGUCAAGUUUAUAGCCUUGCUAUUAGCAGUGUGGGGCUUUGUUUCCUAUCUCUAUCAACAUUAUCUUGAUGAUAAAAAAGCCAAGGCAGAUAGAAGUGAUGGUCUUGAUGUUUCAAAAGGUGAGGUAGAAAUUUGCUAAUGGGAUGGACCAAUUUUUGAUGAUGUUAUAGCGAUCUCUUUUGAAGUUGAAUUUUGUGAGACGAGGGCCUGGACAAGGGUGAUGAUGCUUACAAUUUUGUGAAUUGUAACAGAAUAUUUGAUAUGCAUAUUAUAUGGU